CAAUUAAGAUUUUCAUAAGUAAACAUUGUUUGUUCGUAAAGCUGGGAUCUCGUGAUUGAGGUCUGACUGAACGUUCAUUAUUUGCGCUCCUCCUUAACAAACUAACCGCUAGCGCUCAUUAAGUUAGUCAUUCACGAACAUUGUUUAACCCUUUUCGCUUCGCUGCUUUUCAAACCAAGUCAUAUAACACUUUAAGCAAGGAAAAAAAAUACUGUUAUCUCAUAGCAUCUAAGAAACAUUUCGAAAUAAACACAGGAAGAAUGUGAAGAAUGAAGUUACAUUUGUUAUGCAACUACCAUAUUGGCCUCUCUUGAACAAGCACGAGCUUCCCAGAACGAAACAAGUUCGCGUCAGAGUUCCAGCUGCGUGUCCACACUCGACACUUUACAGCCUUGGAAGAGACCACCCACUUCCUAGCUGAUCGCAUCUCUUCUGUUAUGCGCGUUUAUUGCAGGACUAAGUAUCCGCUGAAUUUAUGAAAAACAUGACUGAGGAAACAACGCUAUUUCACAGGCUGAAAAGGCUCUCUAAAAGUAUUCAUGACUGACUCACUCAGCUGUGAAGGAGAUUUGAGGAGAAAUGUCUAGACGAAGUUGGAUCCAGGCCACUUUUUCCAAGAGAGAAUGUGUGAAAUUUCUGCCAGCCUCACGUGAUCAUCACAGAUGUUAUCCAGUGUGUCAAGUUUGCCAAAGCUUAGUAAGAUGUUGCUGUGGGAGGCUGAUCGCGGAGCAUGUGGGUCCAUACUCUGGCUUGCUGGGACAUGGCCCUGGUCCUGACGAGGAGUGGUCAGUGCUGCAACACACCAGUGUCAGCCCCACUGAUGCUUUCGGAUCACUGGACUUCCAGGGCAGCACAAAGCGCACAUCUCAUGCCAAGUAUGUACGUCUUUCCUGUGACACUCCAGCAGAGCUCCUGCUCCAACUGAUGCUGAGAGAAUGGCACAUGGAGAUACCCAAGUUGGUGAUCUCUGUGCACGGAGGGACAGAAAACUUCAAUCUGUCUCCACGGGUGUGCCAGGCUUUCAGCACAGGGCUCAUCAUAGCUGCAGAGAGCACUGGAGCAUGGAUACUGACAGACGGGAUCAAUACUGGGGUGUCUAAGUAUGUUGGUGAUGCUGUAAAAGUGUAUGGGUCACAUGACCUCAGGAAGAGGAAUGUUUUCGGGAUCACACCCUGGGGCAUUAUUGAGAAUAACACUGACCUUAUUGGCCGGGAUGUUUUGAGGCACUACCAGGCUCUAGGUAAUCCUUUGAGUAAACGUGCCAGCCUGAACGGCAUGCAUUCACACUUCCUGUUAGUUGAUGAUGGGACCAUGGGCAAAUCAGGCUGUCAAAUAGACUUGAGGAAAAGGCUAGAAAGGCAUAUACACUUUCAGAAAAUCCACCCUCGGCUGCCUCAGCAUGUGCCUUUAGUGUGUGUUGUAGUGGAAGGGGGUCCUGCCAUCCUCUCAGUGGUGCUGGAGUAUGUGCGCAGAAGUUCUCCUGUGCCCGUGCUGGUGUUUGAGGGAACAGGCAGAGCUGCAGACCUGCUGGCUUUAAUACACAAACAAACAGCUGUAGAAAGUAAGUUGGACUCGGAUAUUAAGGAGGAUGUCCUGCUGAGGAUUCAGGAAACGUUUGUUGUGGACAGACAAGAGGCCUCUGAACUUCUCAGCAUACUCAUGGAAUGCAUGGAAUAUAGAGAGCUUAUCACCAUUUACGACUCUGAAUCAGAGGACCUUCAAGAGGCAGAUGUUGCGAUCCUGACUACAUCACUGAGAGGUACCAGAGCUUCCCCUGAGGGGCAGCUAAAUAUCACGUUGGCCUGGGACAGAGCUGAUGUGGCAAAGGACAACAUUCUGGUGUACGGACAACAAUGGCAGGUGGGAUCUCUGGAGCAGACCAUGUUGGAUGCAUUGGUAAUGGACCGUGUCAGUUUUGUGAAGCUGCUGAUUGAGAACGGCAUGACCAUGAGACGCUUCUUGACCAUUUCUCGUCUGGAACAGCUCUACAAUACACAAAAAGGCUCUGAUCAUUUUCUUCGACACAUCAUCGAGGAUGCCAAACAGACUCGUCUGCCUGCUGUUUAUAGGAUAUCUUUAAUCGACAUUGGAAUGGUGAUUGAAUACCUUAUUGGUGGAGCUUAUCGAAGCACAUAUACACGCAAGAGCUUCAGAGCCAUGUACAGUCGCAUUCAUAACCCAGCUAAGGAGGGUGUUAAGGAGACAUCCAGCCCUUUCAGCAAAGCCAGGAAAGCAGCUCCAACUUCAGAGACCCCCCCAUCUCGCUCCCAUUUCCACAGAACUGCUCAGCCAUGCAGACACCAGGAGGGUGCGAUUGCGCCUCAGGACGUGAAGUCAACCUUGAGCCCCGAGUUUUUAUGCACUUUUAACGACCUGUUUGUGUGGGCAGUGCUCAAGCAUCGGCAAGAGAUGGCGAUGUUUCUGUGGCAGCAUGGAGAGCAGGCUAUGGCCAGGGCGGUUGUGGCCUGCAAGCUUUACCGUGCUAUGGCGGUGGAAGCCAGAGAGAGCAAUAUGGGUGACAGCAUGGCCGAGGAGCUGAAGAAGAACUCUCUAGAGUUCGGACAGCUGGCUGUGGAUCUCUUGGAUCAGGCUUUCCGAGAGAAUGAACGCAUGGCGAUGAAGCUGCUGACCUGGGAGAUGAAGGACUGGAGUAACUUCACCUGUCUACAAAUGGCCGUCUCCUCAGGACUCAGGCCAUUUGUGGCUCACAACUGCACUCAGAUGCUCCUCACAGACCUAUGGAUGGGCCGGCUCAACUUGAGCAAGAACUCCUGGUUCAAGAUUAUUGCCAGUAUCCUGAUGCCUGUGGCCAUUCAGAUGCUAGAGUUUAAGAGUCAGGCAGAGAUGUCCCAUGUUCCUCAGCCCCAGGAAGCUUUGCAGUUUGGGUGGGACCUAGGAAGCUCUGGGGCAUCGGAGCAAGAAGGGGCAGCAAAUACAAUUCAGGGUGAUGAGGAGAGAGGGAGCAGGUGUCUUUGUCCCUGGACCAGAAAGGUGUAUGACUUCUAUACGGCUCCAGUGGUCAAAUUCUGGUUUCACACAAUGGCGUUUUUGGGUUUCCUCAUGAUGUUCUCUUAUACUGUGCUGGUGAGGCUGGAUGAGAAACCCAACAUUCAGGAGUGCUUGGUCAUAACUUACAUCCUGACCAUGGCAGUGGAGAAAGCUCGAGAGGUGUUGGUUUUAGAGCCCAGGAAGUUCACUAAGAAGUUGAAGGUGUGGUUCAGUGAGUACUGGAAUAUCAAUGACUUCAUGGGCAUCCUCCUGUUCCUGGUCGGAGUCUCCCUCCGGUGGCAUCAAGAAACACGCUUAGCCAGUCACAUUGUCUACUCUUUGGAUUUCAUCUUCUGGUCUGUCAGGCUUCUGGACCUUUUUGCUGUCAAUCAGCAUGCAGGACCCUACCUGACCAUGAUCACCAAAAUGAUGAGCAACAUGUUCUAUAUAGUAGUCAUUAUGGCGAUUGUGCUGGUCAGUUUUGGCACGUCCAGGAAGUCCAUUCUGUCCCCUAAUGAGGAUCCGUCCUGGAAUCUGCUCAGAGAUGUAGUCUUUCAGCCCUACUGGAUGAUCUUUGGGGAGGUGUACGCUGGAGAGAUUGAUGCAUGUAGUAAACCUGAAACCUGUGUCCCUGGAGCUUUCCUCACCCCCUUCCUGCAGGCCGUCUACCUAUUUGUUCAGUACAUUAUCAUGGUUAAUGUACUUAUUGCAUUCUUCAACAAUGUUUACUUUGACAUGAGCUCCAUAUCUCGUAAGCUGUGGAAAUACAACCGCUAUCGUUACAUCAUGACAUAUCAGGAGAAGCCGUGGCUGCCGCCGCCUCUAAUCCUUCUCAGUCAUGUAACAUUGUGUCUCAGCUCAAUGUGGCAAAAGCACAGAAAGGCAUCCAAACGGGGAAGAACUGGUCUGAAAUUACUCUUGGCCCCUGAUGAUCUGAAGAAGUUGCAUGAGUUUGAAGAAAAGUGUGUCGCUGGAUAUUUCAGAGACAAAAAGGAGAGUCAACAAGGCAGUCAAAUCAACCAGAUACGUUCUGCAGCUGACAAGGCUGAAGAGAUGUCUGGAAUAUUAGUUGAGGUUGCUGAGAAGAUCAGUAUCAUCCAGGACAAUAUGCGCACUUUAGACUGUCACUUGGGUCAGUUGCAUGACUUGUCUGCUUUAGCAGUGGACACUCUAAACUUCCUCUCAGCCACAGACAACCAGCAGCAAGAGGCGGCCCGUCUUGGUCAGAGCCAGCCAAUUGCAUGCCGCCAUGAGCAAGUGUCCCAUAGCUGCUGUCUCCGCAUUGGCGGAAGUGUCGGCCCCAGCCAAGCACUUCCGUCUCCAAAGCACUACCGCAGUAUGCCACCUUCCUUACUCAGAGGCUUGGGGCCUGGCCGGCAGCGUCCUUCCCUGGAGCUGCCACCAGGGACGAGUGUUGGACCCUUUGAGGUCAGGAGCAAAUGCGUGUCGGCAAGCCCAGCGGAAGAAGAUUGUAGUUUUAGGUGGUCCCUACAGCGUGGCGAUUCAAGAGAAGCUGUAUGUCAUCUCUCUUUACCUCACCUAUGCGUUGGAUGGAGGGAGAAGGGAAUGUAUGAAUCUGGAGAACCAUCACGUGCUAGUUCUCCCACCAUGCCUCUGAUGAGAGACUUACAGCUUCAACCCAGCCAUGAGGAGUCUAUGGAGGAAGACGAUGAUGAGGACAACUUAAAUGCUAUGUCCAGAUCCUCCAGCCAUACGUUCCUGCUUACAGGUUCCCACAGUGAUGGGGAUCAAUCGGUGGGGAUCAGAAACCCGGCAUUCUACAGGCUUGAUGAUGCUGGACACGUCACAAGACCUCAAAGACUUUUAGGCAGCAAAUGGGCUUUUGAUUUGGAGCAGAGCCGCUCACUCUCGGCCAGCUUGGAGAGUAUGGCCAUGCCUGAUGCCUCGACAUCAGAGCACAGCAGAAGGACACUUCUGGCGCCUCCCCAACACAGCCAUGACCAGAGAGGAUUAUCUAAGAUCUUUAAGAGACAAAGGUCAUUUGGGAAAAAGUCCAUAAAGACCAAAGCAGGAACACCUGAGAAUGUAAAACUAGAUGAAACACGGGGAUGCGUGCAUGAGCUGGAGCCACGCAGAAAAAUGAGGAGGAAAGUAAAAGGCCUGUUUGACCGGAGAUUCAGAACCUCAGUCAGUCUUACCCAGCUGAAAAGGAGGUUCAACAAACUCCGAGUUUCCAACAAAACCUGCUCUCUGGAAUACACCCCAGAUCAAUUAAAUGUCGACCAAAUGGAUUUCACAAAAUUGGCCCCAUCAUGGCUGAACACGGUGACCCCCGGGCAGCCACUUCUAAGCAGCUGGGCCAAGUCUAUCAGUCAAAGACCCUCGGUAAGCAGCAUGACACAAGAAGUAAAGAGCUCUACAUUUAAGUUGACUGAAGAUUUAGGCCAGCAUUACUCAGCAAUGGAGAGGAACAACCUUAUGAGACUUGCUCACUCUAUACCAUUCACCCCUGUGUCAUUAUUGGGUGGUGUUGAGGUCUGUAUUUAUACACUUGAGGAGACAGAAGCAGGGUCUUCACUUAAAGAUCAGUCCUCUAAAAUUUCCACCUGGAUUCAGAACGGACGCACAGCUGUUCUUCAGCCUUUAGCCCACCAGGAGGUGCUGGAUGGGGGUCUGCGCAGGGCCACCAAGGUGGUGUGUACCUGGGCUGAGAGUGAUGUGUUGAAGCUGGGAUCAGUAUAUGUGGUGAAAGCCUUCAGGCCAGAGGUGAUUCGCAUCUGGCAGAAAGUGUUCCCAAUCAGCACUUCACUUCAUCUCUGUCUGCGGGAAAUCCAACAACAGAGAGCAGCACAGAAACUCAUGCAGCGAUUCAACCAAAUUAAACCCAGCAGUGUGCCCUACAGUCCUAGGUUUCUAGAUGUCUCCUUGCUGCACUGGCGCUCUGACGGCCAGUGGUUGACUGUUGAGAAGAACAUGAGCGGUCAUUUCAGGAAAUACAACAAUAAUACAGGAGAGGAGAUCUCGCCCUCCACUGGUCUGGAAGAAGCUAUACUAGCGUUCUCUCACUGGACAUACGAGUACACCAACAGGGAACUGCUAGUGCUGGAUCUACAAGGUGUGGGAGCGGACCUCACAGACCCCUCUCUGAUCAGAGUUGAUGAUAAAAGCUCCUCCGGAGAAAUGGCGUUUGGACCUGCUAAUUUGGGUGAUGAUGCAAUCCAGAGCUUUGUUCUCAAGCACACCUGCAACUCCUGCUGCAAGAAGCUCGGUCUCUCAGAUUUGAGGAGUUGCCGCAGCCAAAGGAAAUCAGUUCCUGCCUUUGAUGAGACGAGCAGCACAGUUUAACCUUUAACCUGGAAGUAGUCUGUUUCCAGGGAGCUCGUAUUGUUCACAUCCUGCUUCGUAAUCUAAUCUCUAUUUGCAGUUUUUACUGACUGAAUAUAUUUUAUAUAUAUAUAUAUAUAUAUAUAUAGUAAAGAGCUGCACAAGGUGACAGAACAUUUCAUUUUUGUGAUAAGGGAAGUCAGUUUUCCAUUUCAAUUUUUUUAUUCUUUUAUUUCUUCGUGUGUACCUAUACAAAUAGUGUAAACAUUGUUCAACAUAUAUUUUUAUGUUUAAAAAUAAAAAAUAUAAAUAUAAUUGUAUGUGAGGUCCUGAAACUCCACAUGCAAAAUCGAAUUUAGUAUUUUUGUCUUCAAGUCUUCAAACACAACGAAAACAUCCUAUACAUUUAUUUUAAUAGUUUUUGUAAGAUGAUGAGUGAGAAUGUAUCUUGAAGCAUGUUGAAGCAUGUCUCGUCCAAUUCUGCUGCCAAAGUCAAGUUAAUUCAUAAGAUUACUGGGUAAGAUAAGACUUGUUCUCAUGGAAUAUAUUUUAUUUUUAAUUCAAUGGCCAUUUUAGAUUUUUUAUUGUUUAAGCAUAAAUCUAAACAAAUUUAGUGAGGUUUAUGUUUACAAAUUAGAACAUUUGCAAAAGGGUUAAAUAAAACUAUUCUCUAAUCUUACACACUUUUGUUU